AUGAAGGUACCACAGGUAGCACUACCACGACUUGGCCUUGGAAUGGCGGCAUUAGGCCGCCCCGGCUACAUCAAUCUUGGACGGGAUUCAACCUUUGGAAAAGAGGGCCGUGAUAUCGAAACGAUGCAAAGUCAAGCAAACUUGGUCUUGGACACUUUGUUUGAGAAGAAGGAGAUACCUUGGAUUGACUGUGCGAGAUCAUAUGGAUUAAGUGAGAAAUUUGUUGGCGAGUACCUCAAGAGCAACAAAAUCAGUCCUGAAAAAGUUUAUGUGAGCUCAAAAUGGGGCUACACCUAUGUGGCAGAUUGGCAAGUCAGUUUGGAAAAAGGAGCGCCUCAUGAGGUGAAGGAUCACUCUGUGGCCAACUUUUUGAAGCAAUUGGAAGAGACUGAUGAGCUGAUUGGUGACUAUGUAAACUUGUAUCAAAUCCACUCGGCUACCUUUGAAUCUGGAGUCAUGGACAAUGUUGAUAUUCACAAGGCGCUGCACGAAUGCCGCGAAAUGCGAGGAUGGAAAAUUGGAUUGUCGGUUUCAUCACCCAAACAGGAUCAGAUUUUACGACGGGCGAUGGAGAUUGAAGUGAACGGCAAAAAGCUGUUUGAUUCUGUUCAAUGUACCUACAACCUUCUGGAGCAACGUCCUGGUCCAGCGUUGUUGGAAGCUUACAAUGCCGGAAUGGAUAUCAUCAUCAAAGAAGGUCUGGCGAAUGGCCGUACGCUCCGACAUGAUCGUGUUGAAGUAUAUGCGAAAAUGCUUGACUGCGCUCCAGACAGCCUAGCUUUGGGAUGUAUCUUGGCACAACCAUUUCAUCCACGAGUCUUGUCAGGUGCUGUAACCCCUGAACAACUCGAAUCGAACUUGAAAGCCAACGAGGUGUGCGAAACUCUCAAAUCGGAUCCAGCACUACUAGAGGCCAUUAUGAAGGAUUGUUUGAUGGAUUCAGAGACAUAUUGGACGGAUCGCUCUAAUCUAGCGUGGAACUAG